AUGGUGGUGGUCCGUUCACACUCUGUAGUAGUACUGCCUACUAGCUCCAGUACAGUAAGUACCACUUUUGGGUUUAAAACCAUCACUACAGGACCAAAGUAUACCUUUAACUUUUGAUUACCAAAUGGUAUAAAUAUCAUUGCUAUCGUUACUGCCAUUGUAAAACAUGACUUUGUUUUAGUUAUGUAGAUGUACAUCUGUCCCCACUCUCUCCACUCUCCGCUCAACCCCCUCUGCCUAUUACCCUCACCUUUCUUCAAUUGUAAGUUAAUAUUAAUAUACCUUUGACAAUAAGAGAUAACAACAUUAUAUAGGCAUAUUACCAUGCAAUAUCAUAAUUAUACUAUGUUUUACAGUAUGACAACUAUUGGACUUGGCGUAACCGUUACUACAGUCCAUACUACACCACCCCCUACUACUCGUACCGUCCCUAUUACUACUCCAAUUACUACCCCAGUUACUACAAUAGUUAUGUCCCUUCGUACCGCAGCUAUUGGUAAGAGAACACAAGCGUAUAUAUAAGACUACAUACUCAUAUUUACAUCGUUUCUGUUGACAUCAAAGUAUAAAGACUGUAUAUGUUAGUUUAGGUCCGACUACUACCCCUACAGCUACUACCGCUCGUCCUACUAUCCCUACUACUCUUACAACUACUUUCCUUACAGCACUUAUUUAAACGACCGUAAGUUAUGUUAUAUACAACAUAUAUCAUCAGUUUAAAAGUAUAAUAACUAUAAUACUCAUUCCUUACAUAACAUGGUAUUCUUUUCAGUAGCUAACCGCUACUACUACUAA